ACCAUGGCUCUAAAGCGUAUUGAAAAGGAGCUCCUGGACCUGGCUCGUGAUCCUCCAACCCAGUGCUCUGCAGGCCCUGUGGGGGAAGAUAUGUUUCAUUGGCAAGCGACCAUAAUGGGGCCUGAUGACAGCCCCUACCAAGGCGGGGUCUUUUUCCUGGCCAUCCAUUUUCCAACAGAUUAUCCAUUCAAACCACCCAAGAUUACAUUCACCACAAGAAUUUACCAUCCAAAUAUCAACCGUAAGGGAAGCAUUUGUCUAGACAUCCUGAGAUCUGAGUGGUCACCAGCACUGACAGUAUCUAAAGUUCUCCUGUCUAUCUGCUCUCUAUUGUGUGAUCCUAACCCAGAUGAUCCACUGGUUCCUGAAAUUGCAAAAAUCUACCGCAAAGACAAGAAAAAAUAUGAUAGACUGGCUCGAGAGUGGACUGAGAAAUUCGCUAUGUGA